AUGCGUUCUGAAGAGCUGCCAACCCAUGUUCUGUUCAUGAGGAAGAAGCGGUUCGAUGCUUAUCAAGCCAGAGAGUUACUUCGGACAGGUCCCGGAGAAAAAGGACUACCGGUGCAUUUAGAAGGAGAAGAAAAACUUUUAGGAGAAAAACUUAUGCAAAAAGAAGCUUUUAAUAUAGUUGCAAGUGAAAAAAUAUCGCUGGAGAGGUCGGUAAAGGAUGUGCGUGAUCACAGGUGUAAAGAUAUUAUCUACCCUAAGAAUCUGCCAAGUGCAAGUGUUAUAAUAAUCUACCACAACGAAGCGUGGACGCCGUUACUGAGGACGGUGCACAGUGUGAUAAACCGAUCUCCGCCAGAGUAUCUACACGAAGUUAUAUUACUGGAUGAUUUCAGUGACCGACCUGAGUUGGGAGACAAGUUGAGGACCUACGUAGAGAAGACCUGGCCCGAUGGCAUCGUGAAGAUGGUGAGGGCCCAACAGAGGAGUGGCUUGAUACGGGCCCGUAUCGAAGGCGCCAAGGCUGCCACGGGUGAUGUCAUCGUGUUCCUGGAUUCUCACUGUGAGGCUGGGACACAGUGGUUGGAGCCGAUCCUUGCUCAUAUACAAGAAAACCGGAAGACGGUGGUGUGUCCGAUCAUUGACGCCAUCAACGACAACACACUGGAAUACUCCAGUGUUGGCGGCUACAACGUGGGAGGGUUUUCCUGGAGUAUGCACUUCACCUGGAGAGACGUCCCAGAGAGGGAGAAAGUUCACCGGAAAUACACAGACCCAAUCAGCUCCCCGACAAUGGCUGGAGGCUUGCUGGCGCUGGAUAGGAAGUUCUUCUGGGAGAUCGGAGCUUAUGAUGACGGGAUGGACGUGUGGGGAGGGGAGAACCUCGAGAUCUCCUUCAGAACGUGGAUGUGUGGGGGCCGGCUGGAGUUUCUACCGUGUUCCCGUGUCGGACAUAUCUUCCGUUCCAGUCAUCCCUAUACAUUCCCAGGCGGUAAGGACACUCAUGGUUUAAACUCAGCGAGGGUGGCUGAAGUCUGGAUGGACGAUUAUAAAAGAUUAUUCUACAUGCACAGACAUGAUUUGAAGAAUAAAGAUUUCGGUGAUAUAUCUGCCCGAGUUGAUCUCAGGAAGAAGCUUCAGUGCAAGAGUUUCAAGUGGUACCUGGACAACGUGUACCCAGAGAAGUUUGUUCUGGAUGAGGGCGUCCAAGCAUAUGGUAUUGUGAAAGCCGUGGAUAGUUCACUCUGUCUGGACACUCUGAGUGGAAAUGACAAGAUGGAAUACGACCUGGGAGUGUAUUAUUACCAGCGAGGCACCAGUACUAACCAGCUUUUUUCCCUGACUCAGACACACGAGCUACGUCGGGAAAAUCUGUGUUUAGACUCUUCAGGGGACGACGGUAGUGUCGCCAGGAUGACGUUGUGUUUUAAAAAGACGCCAGGGAUGAAGUGGAAACAUGACGUGGACCAAGGUACACUCAUUCAGGAGAAGUCCGGCAAGUGUUUGGACAGAGCUGACCUUAGUUCCGGUGACAUCGUCAAAGUAAAACCAUGCAAUGGAGGAAGCUCACAGAAGUGGAUGUUUGAAAGUGUCAGUCUAUGAUGGACUGUCAAGAAAGGUCAUUGUUAUGUUAAGUCAUCAAUUUCAUGUUUGCUCAGAAGUCCAAGACAGAAUCUACGGAGAGUGUUUUUAUGCUAACCAAAGAAAGGAAGGAUUUUUGUUUGUUGUUUAACGCUGCACCCGGUAAUAUUAAAGCUAUGUGACGGUGGUCUGUAAAUAAUCCAGUGAUUGAUAUCGUGAGCAUCGAUCUACGCACGUGGGGUACAAUCACAUGCAACAAAUGAUUAGCAGCCCAACUAACCCUAUAGAAUUAGUCUUCAGUAACCCGUGCUUGUCGAAAGUGGCGACUG